AUGGCGACUCAUGCAGGAAAUCCAAAUAUGGAAUUAUUAAUUCCGAUGAUCAAUCAACUUCAACAUAUAUUUACAUCAGUUAAUGCAAAAUUGACAUUAACACUGCCACAGAUAGCAGUUGUUGGUGCUCAAUCAGCUGGUAAAAGUUCUGUACUUGAAAAUAUUGUUGGACGUGAUUUUCUUCCUCGUGGUGGAAACAUGGUUACAAAACGACCGCUUGUGCUGCAAUUGAUAACAUCACAAGGACAAGAAUAUGCUGUAUUUGGACAUAAACCACAACAAAGAUUUAUUAAUUAUGCUGAUGUUCGAGCAGAAAUUGAAAAUGAUACUAAAGCUGUUGUACGAGAUGAUUUGGGAGUAUCAAAUAUGCCAAUUAAUUUAACAAUUUUUUCACCACAUGUUGUUAAUCUUACUCUGGUCGAUUUACCAGGCAUGGUUAAAGUUCCAGCUCAAGGGCAACCUCCGGAUAUUGUGAAAAAAAUCGAUGAUAUUAUUCUCGAAUAUAUAAGCAAUGAAAAUUGUCUUAUUCUAGCUGUUACACCAGCUAAUAUAGAUCUUGUUACAUCAGAUGCUUUAGUUAUGGCACGUAGUCGAGAUCCAAUGGGUAAACGUACAAUUGGUGUAUUAACUAAACUUGAUAUGAUGGGCAAAGGACAUAAUGCUCGUGAUGUACUUUUAAACAAAGUUGUUGUUCUCGAACGAGGUUUUAUUGGUGUUGUUCUUCGUGGCCAACGUCUUGAUGAAUUUGGUCGAGCAUCAAAAGAAUUAGACAUUCCGGCUGCAUUAGAAAAUGAACGCCAAUUUUUUCAAAAUGAUCCAGCAUAUCGUGAUAUUGCUGAUCGAUUAGGUGUACCAUAUUUACAACGGUCACUUAGUCUUCAAUUAACUGAACAUAUACUUAAAUGUUUACCUGAUCUACAACGAGAAUUACAAGGUCGACAUCGUGAUUUAGCAAAAGAAGUUGCUGAAUAUCGUGCAUCAGCUAUGUUUGAAACUUCAUCAAGUUCGGAUACAAAAGCGCUUGUUGGGUUAACGCAUGAAUUACAUGAAACUUUUGACACAGCGUUACAGGGUACACAUUUGAAAGAAGCUGAUUUAAAAACAUUAACUGGUGGUGCACGUAUUGCUAACAUAUUUCGUGAACGUUUUCCAUUUGAAUUAGUCAAAACCGAAUUACAAGAUAAAGAUAUGCGUAAUCAAACAAUAGUUGCAAUUAAAAAUAUUCGUGGUUUUCGAUCGGGUCUUUUUACUCCCGAUGAAGCAUUUGAAUAUAUUGUACAAAUGCAAAUAUCUAAAUUUGAAGAUCCAGUUAUGAAAUGUGUUGAUAUGGUUGUAUCAGAAUUACUUUCUAUUAUUCAUGAAUCAACGAACAAAAUGAAACGUUAUCCAUUACUAAGACAAACUACAGAAGAUUUAUUAACACAAUAUUUACGAGAACGUGAAAUUGCAACUAAACAAGCUUGUGGCACUUAUAUUCAAACUCAAUUAUCUUACAUUAAUACAAAUAACGAAGAUUUUAUUGGAUUUGCAGGUGCUGAAAAAACAGUUGCUGCUGGUGAAACCAAACGAACUGUUACCAAUCAGGUUAUUCGUAGAGGAUUUCUUCGUGUUCAUACUGGUGUUAAAUUAUUUCAAGCAAGAGAUUAUUUCUUUGUUUUAUCAACCGAUAAUCUUUCUUGGUUUACAGAUUCUGAUGAAAAAGAAAAAAAAUAUAUGUUACCAUUAGAAAAUCUUAAAAUUCGUGAUGUUGAAGGUGGUUUUAUGGCAAAACGACCACAAUUUGCAAUAUUUAAUAUCGAAGCAAAAAAUGUUUAUAAAGAACAUAAAACUCUUGAAUUAUCGGUUGAUAAUACUGAAGAACUUGACACAUGGAAAGCAUCAUUUUUACGUGCUGGUGUUUACCCAGAACGUGAACAACCACCAGAAGAUCCACAAGUAGCAGCUGAAGUUGGUCCUGUUGAUCCACAUAUGGAACGACAAGUUGAAACGAUAAAUAAAUUAGUAACUUCAUAUAUGCAAAUAGUUGCUCGAAUGACACGUGAUUACAUUCCAAAAACAAUUAUGUAUCAUAUUGUUCAAAGUAUACAAAAAUUUGUAGCUAAAGAAUUAUUAGCCCAUCUUUAUGCUGUUCCUGAUCCAAAAUCAUUGUUACAAGAAUCUGAAGAAGAACGACAACGACGGGAAUCAAAACUUGCAGAAUUUGACGCGAUUAAGAAUAAUAUAGCUCCAGAGACAAAUGUCAAUGAAAAUUCUUGA